AUGCUUGAUUUUUUUGCUUCGCGACUGCUCGCUGUCAAGGAUGUGACCGUUGUGGGCGUUAAAUCUGGCAAACAAUUCAAUGAACUCAACUACUUUGCCAAUGUGAUCCAUGAUAUCGAAUCAUUGCCUUCAUUUCAUUUCCAGUCCUUCCGCAUCUCCCACAGGCCUCUGCCGGAGAAGAAGGUAAAGAAACAGAAGGAGGAACAAACGAAAGAGUGGGAAAAGGCUAUGGAAAAGGCUAGGAAAGCGCAUAACAAAGCUGUCAAGGAAACGAAAAAUGACGUUAAACGCAAGGCGCUCGGCGAGUACAAGGAUCCUCCUAUGCCUCCUUUGAAAGCCAUCAUCCCACUCUACCCGGACUGUGUUCUUAAUUUCGUCACUCUUGCCUCUAUUUGCAUCACAAUAGCACUGGCUAUCUGGUCUGGUGUCCAACACGAUGCAGUGGCGUUGCUUGGUCUGGGAACCAUGGCAUUAUCCACCAGCAUGGCCUGUAUGUCUGCACAGUGGCGCCCUCGGCUCACGACCCGCACUGCGGCCGGCCAGGUAGUUGCAGGAGACGUGGUCAUCCGUACUCGGUCAGGUGCCUUCGUCUCCGUUAAAUGCAGCGAGGAGGUUGCACGAGAACUUUACGCCGGCACCGAAACCUGCGAGUAUGUGUACAACGGGCGGUACCACCAGGUCCUUCUCGCCACGAGCACCGUACUUCUCAUGGCUGCCAUUAUCUUCUUGAGUAACUGCGGUUGGAAAAUUCAGAUUGCUGUGGGCCUUGCCUAUAUCAUUCUCAACCUUGCUUAUUGGGCCAUGGCACUGUUGACAGACCUGCGUGAGCCGUGGAAUAUUGAGCACCGUUACGAAGUAGACCUCCUUGAGAAGAAGGACAAUGAAAACUACACUCAGGUAUUGUGGGACGUUAUUCGGACCACUGGGGAGAUUCGCUGGGCCAAAAAGACGGGAGCGGCACCCGCGACAAAGAAUUGGAAUGGAUGGCUGAAGGAGGCGAAGGAGAAUGCUCAUAACCUGAACUGGGAUUGUGUGGAAAGGAGAGAUUGGUGGAUGAAACAAAAGUUUGAGAAAGAGCAUCGUGAGGAUGACGAAUGA